CUGCAGUUCCUCGGAACCUCCUUGUGCUUCCAGCCUCGAGCUCCAGUUCCUCCUGACAUCUGAGAGGGCUCUGCUGCAGCUCGUCCUGGGCUAACUGUUUAUCCUGCUCAGCCUGGCAACCGGCCGCACGCUCCGGAUUACCACAGGAGUCAGGACACCCACUAUUGAAGCACAUUUUGCUUUCCGCUCUGUAACUGUUUGACUUUUCCCACCAGAAGGGGUUUUGAGAGUUUCGGGGGAGAGUGAAGGGGAGAAGGAGAGGAAUCUUGGAUAUGUGCUUGUGAUCGUUUUGCUUUUUUUUUUUUGGGCUGAUUUAGUAACUCUCACCUUUUCCUGGAGGGCCUGAUGGAUCACGCACUGUUCAGCUGCCUGCGGAGCCCGCACGCCCCGGCGCAGGCCCUGCACCCCGCCUUCACGCAGUCGCCCCUGACGCUGCACGGACGCUCGGAUCACAUCGCCUACCCCGACCUGGGCUCCUCGUCCUCCUCCUCGUCCACCUCCUCGCCGUCGCCCUGCGUCAUCUCCAGCUACCCGGGGGACGACGGCCUGUUCCCCGGGCAGCACCCCCACCACCCGCACCGGGGGCACCUGCCCUCGCAGCAGCAUCACCACCCGCCUCAGCACCACGCGUCCUGGCACAUCCCGCAGAUGCCGUCGCCCGGCGGCGGCGGCACGCGCCACGGCCUCUGCCACCCGCACUCCCACUCGUCCCACGACAACGGCCCCACCACCCCGGACCUGGCCCACCCCGGAGCCCCCAGUAUGUGCGCCAGCACCCCCAGCCUGGGCAGCGGCAGCGCCCCCACGGGGGCCUCCUGCGUGCCCGCAGACUUUGGCAGACAGACUCUGUCACCUGCCGAGGCGGAGAAGAGGAACGGCAAGAGGAAAAGUGACAGUUCAGAGUCCCAGGACGGGAAUUAUAAGUCAGACGUGAGCAGCAAGCCGAGGAAGGAGAGGACGGCGUUCACCAAGGAGCAAAUCCGCGAGCUGGAGGCCGAGUUCGCCCACCACAACUACCUAACCAGACUAAGGCGCUACGAGAUCGCUGUCAACCUCGACCUCACUGAAAGACAAGUGAAGGUGUGGUUCCAGAACAGGAGGAUGAAGUGGAAAAGAGUGAAAGGCGGCCAGCAGGGGGCGGCGGCGCGGGAGAAGGAACUGGUGAACGUGAAAAAGGGAACGUUGCUGCCGUCGGAGUUCUCCGGCAUCGCGGCCCUCCACCAUUCGACGGACUCCUUAGCCAACGAGGACAGUCACGACAGCGACCAGAGCUCUGACCACGCUCACUUAUGAUGCACUCACCCCCCCUCCCAAAACCCCCGACCCACCCCACCACCCCCCAAGAGUGUGGGCCCCGCCUCCGCCUCCACCCCCGCCUCGGGACCUUCCUUAGAAGGACUGCUGUCCGCUGAUUCGCCAUCGUCAUACAGCGAUGCUAAAGAAAAUGUACAAACACAGAGGGAUGACGUGCGUUAGAGAGUGGAGUCGUCAUGCAGGCUGAGUGUAAAUUUCAAGAACUCGAGCGCAUGAGCACACCGUUGGGUCUUAAUGUCCCUGAUAAACGCCCAAAAUAGAGGUUAUUAUAAGUAAUGAGAUGUGAUACCUUGGUUAUUAAAACGUACUAAAUAUUACGGUGUAUUUUGGAAACCAUAUUUAGUUGAACUGUUAACAUUCCAUAUCGCGUGUCUCCGGAGAAGCAGGCUAAGGCUUUAAUUUGCACUGUUGAACUGACAGCCUGCAGCUCAAUUGGUUCCUACUGUAUAAAAUGUAAAUUUCGAUGUAACUGAGUUAUUGAUCCCAGUCAAGUGCCAGGAAAUCCAAUUUGCCUCGCUAAUAUAAAUGAUCUGUAAAUAACUCUCAGUAUUUUCUUACCUAAACGGCAACUCUAUAACCAGUUUGUUCGGCUCGUGCAGCAGUAAACACUGACAGCUCUCCGGCUGACACGUUUUGCAAACAGAUCUGAAUCUUGAAACGAGGGGUUGGUUUUUAAUCAAAUGUUUUUCAGGGACAGUUGCAAAUUCAAUAAAACUUAACCGGUGGUUAAUGGGAUUCUUAUAAAAA